UCGCAUACCUGGAGCUGCAAGCCGUCAAGAUAGCCACUGAGUCGAAGCUGCAGCUGUGCGGGGGCUGGACUGGGCAGGCUGGCUACGCGCUGGAUGGAUGCGUGGAUGCUGGCCUGCUCAGACCACCGCCGCAGCCGCACUCCAGCCAACUUGGUACUGUUUAUGCCACGAAGAGGAGGAGGCGGAAUGGGAAAAGCAUCAAACCGCCAUCAAAAGACGGUGUCACGAAGAGCAACCCGAGCAAGCGACAUAGAGAACGUCUCAACGCUGAGCUGGAUACCCUGGCUUCCCUACUGCCCUUCGAGCAGAACAUACUCAGCAAGCUGGACAGACUGUCUAUACUGCGGCUGUCCGUCAGCUAUCUGCGGACCAAGAGCUACUUUCAAGUGGUCAUGCACAAAGAAAAAGAAGACAUCCACGGUCACCGGAGAGAACACUCACCUUAUGACCACGCCAUGCCUGAUGGGGAAAUGUUCUUACAGGCACUCAACGGUUUCCUGAUGAUCCUGACGUGUGAAGGCGAGGUGUUCUUCGCUACACACAGCAUCGAAAGUUACUUAGGCUUCCAUCAGUCGGACAUAGUCCACCAGUCAGUUUACGAGCUCGUCCACUCAGAAGACCGGGAGGAGUUGCAGCGUCAGAUCCUGUGGAACUCCUUCUUACCUCCAGAAGUCAGCAACCUGACGCUGCAAGAUGUUCUGCGGCCAGACAGGGCCCAUCUCUUAGAAAGGAGCUUCACUGUCAGAUUUAGAUGUUUACUUGACAAUACUUCUGGGUUCUUGAGGCUUGACAUCCGAGGUCGCAUUAAAGUGCUACACGGGCAGAACAAGAAAACAGAAGAACCUCCAUUAGCACUCUUUGCAAUAUGUGCGCCCUUCGGACCUCCCAGCCUUCUGGAAAUCCCUCAGAAGGAAGUCAUGUUCAAGAGCAAACACAAGCUCGACCUGUCUCUAGUCUCUAUGGAUCAACGGGGUAAAAUGUUGCUAGGUUACACAGAUGCUGAGCUGGCGAAUAUGGGUGGCUAUGAUCUAGUACAUUAUGAUGAUCUGGCUUACGUCGCUAGCGCUCAUCAAGAAUUAUUAAAAACAGGUGCUUCCGGAAUGAUCGCUUAUCGCUUCCAAACAAAGGAUGGUCAGUGGCAGUGGCUGCAGACCUCUUCCAGACUAGUCUACAAGAAUUCUAAACCUGACUUCGUUAUCAGUACGCAUCGACCGCUCAUGGAAGAAGAAGGUAGAGACCUACUGGGUAAAAGAACAAUGGACUUCAAAGUGAGCUACCUCGACACUGGUCUCACAAGCCUCUACUUCUCGGAAACUGAACAGCUAUCCGGCUGCGAAACGAAUGUCACAACUCCUCCACGAACCGCCAGAAGAUACAAAACACAACUCCGAGACUUCCUAUCAACUUGUAGGAAUAAACGAAGAGUUCCCACAACUCCUGCGCCACCUCCCGUGGACUAUUUAGCAGCAGACGCAGUUGCGGCAGCAUACACCAAUUUAAAUGGCGCCUACACUGCCCCUUACGGAGAGUAUCCUCCAGCCCCAACCUUACACUACGCCCCGCCACCUCUAGACGACAGAUUCUUAACAGCAGACAACCUCUUCCACCAAUAUAAACCUCUAUCUUAUCAUUACACUCCUUACGCGCCGAAUGGCUUCCUCGAACCGGCCCCUCCGCCUGGAUACGAAGUGGCUCCUACAUACCAUCGGCCGCCUUCGAGAGAGUAUACGUACGUGGACAGUAGUGGGAGGUACAUGAGUCCUGUGACGGGACAGGAGAGGAGGUCACCGUCCGUAGUGCCCGGGCCGAGUCCUGCUGGGUCGAGUAACUCGGAGCAGGAACGGAUGCAGCAGCCGCAAGCCUCGGAGAUGCCUCGGCAGACGGUGCUCAUGUGGGGUGCCGGCGGGGCGGCGCAAGAGGUCCCCGUCGAAUACUCCCCUCCCCAGGUUUGGCGUUACCAUCCUUCACAUUAUCAUACCGCUGAAGCCACUCAAUGAAUUUUCUUUGACCUCCAAACUUGACUUAAACUUUGGAACAGAUUUUUCGGUCUGCAUCGAAGAAAUCUUGACAAAAUUAUUAUAAUAGAUGAACGUAAAUACUUAGAAAAAUAUUGCAAUCUUUGUUACCAAGGCUUGAUUUUCUUGUACCUCGCUCAGUGGUGAGACCGAAUCGGUCUUUAGGUCUUUUAGACUUAAACAGGGUCCUUCCAGUAUCUCCUUGUAGAUACUUCUUGAUGUAUAUUUAAUUCGAGAAUUUUAUCCAAAUAUAUUAAAGUAUAGUCGUUUAGUAGUUUAAAUUGUACGGAUCACGACGCAAUGUUACAGCAUAGGUCUAGGUUAUUUUUGUAAAUAUUUUUUUAACAUUUGAUUUGAAUGAAGAAUCCUUUGGAUAUUUGCGCAAACGCUGAGGGUAUAAUUAGGCAAUUGUUUUCCAAAAUCUCUGUUAAAUUAUUAUAUUUAUGUGGUAUAUUCUGGUGAUCGUUUUAAAUUCAAUGCCUUGUUUAUAUGAGUUAAUAAUCACAUAAACAAUCUCUAUAAUAACAUCCAAACCUUGGGUCAUGUUUAUUAUGUUUUCUCAAAUCUUCAUGAUGCAAUACCAGAUCUUUUUCUCUAAGGAUUCCAUUUUUUUGAGAAUUAGUACAUUCAAAUCUUUAUUUACAAUUAUGUUUGUUAUUAUAAUUUGUGUUACUAUCGUUGCAGGCACUUCACAGUACUUUAAGUUACGCGGCAAGCCUCGUAUAAACAAGGUACAUUUUAACUUAUAUUUCAAUUUCACUCAGUUUCAAAUCAAAGUGAAAUAUUUAUGCAAUACAUAUCAUUAUAUUACGCACGCAAUUUAAGUUCACUUUUCACUUGAAAUCAGCAGUCGACCCAACAGUAGCCUUUGACUAUUUGAACCUCAAUUAUUAUCAAAUUGUAAUCAAAUUCUUCUUCCUUUGUUCAAAUAUGAAAACCAUGGAAACUAAAGCCUUCAGAGGCUUCUAUACACAGAACAACAAAUGAUGGGCUUUAUUCAGGCUCCAUAGCUAUUCCUUUGUCAAUUUUUUUAUUAUAACCAUCUAAGCCUAUGGACUUUGAAUCAAGUUCUUUAUUAGUUUCUUGUUCUUGCUUAUGCACUGUGUCUUCAAGCUUCUGGUCGACUGCAUCCACUGCCGAACCAACGCCACGUAGCAAUGUAUAUACACUUGUCGUGCCUUCCACUAUAUUUCUUUUGUUUACUGUAUUUUUAUGUGCUGGAGUUUUAGCGGUUUUAUAAACUUUUUCUAUGGAUCAUGCCAGUGAUUUUAUAUAGAUCAGGAGUAUUGAAUAUUAGCGUAAUUUACUUGUACUAUUAUCAAAAUGGAAUGCUUCCUUUGAUGACACGGAUAUGGUCUACUUUAACAUCUUUUAUAUCAUCUAUUACAAUUAACGCAUCAUAAAUUCAAUAAUUUCUUAGAUAUUUUUAAAGCCUUGUUUAUUUAAUGUAAUACUGAUGUUCACCUGUACUUGUAUCUCUUCUAAAACUGAUCUUCUUGAUGUAUGAAAGUUUCUAAAACCUCUAGAAAUUCAGCUAAAGUAUUAAUUUAAUGUAAUUUGUGCAACAGUGACCGACGUUGGUACGGCAUCGGUGACCUUGCGUUCAAAUGACUCUUCCGCCGUCGACUUAGUAUUAAGAUAGCUUAAAUUUUGAUGGAGUAUUGUGAUUGACACUGGAUUUUAGAUUUUUGAUGAAAUUAUUUAUUUAUUUAUUUAUUUAGUGUACUAAGGAGAACUUACAGCUAAACAAAAACUAAACAGUAAAAGGAAGUCAUAGUCGACAGAGAGCCAAUUAAAAGUCCUCGCUUAUAAUAACAGCCUAGCAAUAACGUGAUCACACAUCAGUGCAACGUUUUUAGAGACAAUAAUAUAAAAAAAACAAUAGCAUUUUUAAACACAAAGAGAAAAAAGAAUGAGUAGGUAGAUCUAAAUUUCAAAAUAAUAAAUUAAAUCUGGGAUACUAAACUACUUGAAGAACUUAAGGCACAACAACCUUCUGGCUGCCGCCACACUUAUUGAGAAAGGAUCCAAAUCAUGCUGCUUGCAAAUCAUAUUGAAGUGCCUGCUCGCACGCACAACAUAACUGUUUUGCCUAUAAUUCGUGUAUGAGUUGGGUACAUAUAGGGGAGGAUUAAAACGUAAUACUCUACUCGGCACGUUGAAUUUCAAUUUAGAUAACAACUCCGGGCUGUCAAUAUCAUUAUGCAAUAUCUUUAACAAAAACAGACAAUCGGCAAUAUCACGCCGGUCUUUGAGUGGUAAUAGAUGGUGUUUCUUACAGAGUUGGAGAUAAUCGACUGAAUGAUAUGUAAGGUUUUGACGAAAGCAGAGAAAUUUUAUGAAUCGUCUUUGUAUGUUUUCAAUGCGGUCGAUGUACUUAUUGUAACGCGGGUUCCAUAUCUGAGAAGCAUACUCCAGGUGACUCCUAACAUAGGUGCAGUAUAAAAUUUUUAGUGUUUUGACAUUUCUAAAGCACUUAGAAACGCGCAUUAUAAAUCCAAGCAUUUUAUAUGCUUUCCUUACAACGGCGUCAAUAUGAGCUUCAAAAAUGAGCUUAUUAUCAUGGUAAACGCCCAGGUCUCGGAUAGAAUCACACCUUGGCACCUUGGUUACAAGGGGCUUAAAGCUAGGUACAUAUUAUGGACCAUAUCUACAAAGAGGCAUAAUGUUUUAACAGUUUUUUUAAUCGAUUUUUUUUUCGUGCCUUUUUAUCAGAGCAAAUAAUAAAACACGUUAUUUCUACAGAAAUAUUACUAUGACUUUAAACGCCUUUCCAAAUACCUAAUCGAAUUUUAUCGAAUUAUUGCAAAAUAUAAAAAAUAUAGCUAUGUCCCAGGCCUUUUUUGAGCAGCAAAAAAAUCUUAAAAUCAGUGUCAUUCGCAAUGGAACCAGAAUCAAAAAAAUAUUUCGUCUUCUUAUUGUAAAAUAAAAAUAGUUUUGUCGAUACGGGUCGUACGACUAUAGGAUUUUGUAUUGUAUUGAGUCUAAUCGAUUUUAAUCUUCCAAUGUGUGACUUUCGAUUCCAAUACGGAAUAAUAUAAAAAUGUAAAUUCACAUUUUGAAAUCAUUAGUUUAAAAAAAAUACAUAUCAAAAUUGGACCACUUACUUAUGGAUUUUUCUUUAAAAUUGACAGUUAUAAAUUGCCAAUAAUUAAAUUGAAUAGGUAGUUGAAAAAUUGUUAAUUAUUCGCAAAUGAACACAAAAAUACUUGCUAUUGAAUUAAAGUUUUGAAGGACUUAUGUGAACUGUUUCUUGUUACAAACAGUUGUACGUAAGUCUGUCACUUAUUGCUCACUGUUUUAAUACUUACAUAAAAAUUAUGCAAAAAAAAGAAAGAAUUCGCAAUUUGAGUUUUUGCAAUAUUGCCACAGAAAAUUAUGUCAAAAAUAUUGGUUUUGUAGCAAAAUCUCUUAGAAUUUAAAUUUUGCAAAGCUUUGAAAUAACACUUAUUAGUUUUUAAAAGUCCAAUGAUGGAAUUGUCAAAAUAAACAGACAUUAAUACUUAAACAAAACGUGUGUUCAAGCAACAUAUUUUCCAUUAAUUAAAAAUCACCAUAAUUUUACUCUAAUUUAUUAAUUAAAUUGUAAAUAAAUCACUAGGUUUAGAAGCGUAACCGUGUAUUAUUGAAUUUAAUUAUAAUUGUUCAUAAUUAUUUAAAUGAACAUAAUUAUAAAUAAGAUAAAGUUAUCCG